AUGGAGGAGGAGGCUGCGAGGAAGAGGAAGAUGCCGCGGGCCCCCCAGGCAGGCCCCGAGCUGAGGCCGGAGAGCCCGGAGGACAAAUCCCCGCGGCAGAGCCUGGUGGGAGAGGCCGUUUUGAAGGGCUCCACGGCGCAGGAAGGCAGCGGGGAGGAAAAGGGCCGGAGAUGCCCCCGGAGGAGGGGCUCCAAAGCCAGCCCAGGGGGCUGUGAGGAGGAAAGAGGCAGCGUGUGCCGGGAAGGCGGCCGGAGCUUGAGCCGGAGCUGCGAGCUGGUGGUCCCUGAGCAGCCUUCCAGCAGGGAAAAGCCCUACAAGUGCUUGGAAUGUGGGAAGAGCUUCAGGAACAGCACCAACCUCCUCAGGCACCAGCAUAUCCACACUGGGGAAAGGCCCUACACGUGUGGGGAGUGUGGGAAGAGCUUCAGGGAGAGCUCCCACCUGCUCCAACACCAGAUGAUCCAUAGUGGGGAACGACCCUACACGUGUAGGGAAUGUGGGAAGAGCUUCAACCAGAGGUCCAACCUAGUCCGACACGAGGUGAUCCACACUGGGGAACGGCCCUACACAUGUAGGGAAUGUGGGAAGAGCUUCACCCAGAGCUCCAUCCUCCACAACCACCAGCACAUCCACACUGGGGAACGGCCCUACACGUGUAGGGAAUGUGGGAAGACCUUCAGGAGCAGGUCCAACCUCUGCACCCACCGGCGCAUCCACACAGGGCAGAAGCCCUUCAAGUGCUUGGAAUGCGACAAGAGCUUCAGCCAGAGCACUGACCUCCUCACCCACCAGCUCAUCCACACUGGGGAACGGCCGUACAGGUGUGGGGAGUGUGGGAAAAGCUUCAGGCACAGCUCCACCUUCCGCACCCACCGUCGCAUCCACACUGGGGAACGGCCCUACAAGUGUGGGGAAUGUGGGAAGAGCUUCAGUGACAGCUCCGCCUUCCGUAAGCACCAGCGCAUCCACACUGGGGAGAGGCCCCACAAGUGUGGGGAGUGUGGGAAGAGCUUCAUCCAGAGGGCUGCCUUGACCAAACACCAACGCACCCACCGGUAAGGGAAGCCCCGAGUGCCCCGACUGCGGGAAGAGCUUCGGCCGCUGCUCCAACUCCAUCAGCCAUCGGAGGACCCGCGUUGGAUGAUCCACAGGGACCCACGUUGGGCACAGCCCUGGUGACCAACAUUCCUGGUGACCCCUGUUUAGCAGGGACCUGGUGCUGGAAUAGAGUUCAAACACUGCAGAAGAAUAAGGACUGGCACAUGUGAUGAGAAAGAGAAGACUCCAGUUCCCGGAUAACAUGAAGGUCAUGAUGGUCUCCCCAAAAGAAAAACCCUGAGAGACACCUGGUGUGAAAGGAUGUAGUGAGGGAUGGGGCCAGUGAAGGUCCCACAGCCUUUCUUCACAACCAUCCUGCAGGGUGGGAAUAGGGAACCUUUUUGACCUCUGUUAUUUAUCUGUCAAGAAAGAAUAGAUGCCUGUCACGCUACCCCAAAUUUAGCUUUGUGACUAAAGUAACUCAAAACUCCACCUAACCCUGAAAAGCAGUAUAAAAAGAAGUCAAGGCUAAGGAGAAAUGGAAGGAAGAUUUGCAUUGAAAGUGCUGGAUGGGCUGAGGGGCUGAUCCUGC